UACUUCAGGCCAGAGCCAGCAGCUGCCCGUGGCACCCAGACAGCCAUCACCUUCCCUGGCUGCGCCGUGCCGCGCUGUGCCACGGUCCCUUCCCCGGGAGCUGCCAGCAGACCUCAGGCACCAUGUCCAGGGCACUGCUGCUGCUGCGGUGGUUGUGGGGCCGGCCCAGUGUGAAGGCAGCCGUAACUGCAGGGCUGUUGGUCACCGUGCUCUGGAACCUGAAGUGCUUCAUCCGCUCACCCAACAGCUCUGACGAAGCCCUCAAGCACACGAAGGCGCUGACGGUCCUGGUGUGGGAAUGGCCCUCGAGGCAGGUCCCAGACCUCAGCGGGGAUGUCUGCCGUGAGCAGUACGGCAUCGCGGGCUGCCGGCUCAGCACGGAGCAGCGGCUCCUGAGCCAGGCUGACGUGGUGGUGUUCCUUCACACCACCCUCCCGCGGGGCCGGGACAAGCUGCCCCGGGACAGACCGCAUGGGCAGGGCUGGGUCUGGGUGUCCCUGGAGUCCCCCACCAACACGAGAGCGUUAGCAGGAUGGAACCAGACCUUCAACUGGGUGAUGACCUACAGGCGGGACUCGGACAUCUUCAUGCCCUAUGGCAAGCUGGUGCCCAACCGGUCAGCCACUGUGAGCAUCCCCACAAAGACCAACUUGGUGUCCUGGGUUAUCAGCAACUAUCACAGGACUCAGAAGAGAGCUGAAGUCUAUAAGAACCUGUCCAGGUAUCUUCACGUGAACCUCUAUGGGAAAGCAGCCAAGAAGCCGCUUUGCAAGGACUGCCUUUUGCCCACGACAUCCAAAUCCAAGUUCUACCUGGCCUUUGAGAACUCCAUCCACCAGGACUACAUCACUGAGAAGCUCUGGAGGAACUCUCUGCUGGCUGGCACCGUGCCGAUGGUGCUGGGCCCCCCCCGGGCCAACUACGAGCAGUUCAUCCCUGCAGACUCAUUCAUCCACGUCGACGACUUCGGUUCCCUGGAGGAUUUGGCCACCUUCCUGAAGACCAUGAACUCCAGUCGCUACCAGCAGUUCUUUGUGUGGCAGAAGAGGUACAGCGUGAAGCUCUAUGCAGAUUGGAGGGAGCGCAUCUGCACCAUCUGUGCCGUGCACCCUCACCUGUCCCAGGGCCGCCUCUAUCCCAACCUGCAGAGCUGGUUCAACACCUAGUGCAGGGCUGGCACUGCCAGAGACAUCAGGGGUGCAUUGGGAUUGGCAGAGUGGUCCUUGAGAACAGGAUGUCAGGCAGGGAGGACGUGGGACCUCAUCCUGGCCCCACUGUUGCCACACUGUGACCUUGUGCAAUGCCAUGUGACAGAACUUCCCGCACACCACGACCAGCCCAUGCUGACCUCCCCCACCGUGCAACAACAGGGUGCUUUGGAAAUAAACAGCACAGAUUUCCUGAGGCUCUGCUCAUCUCUCGAGGCCUGGGCAGGGCUGAGGGCAGCCAGGGGCACUAGGAGCCCCCAGCCUCCCCUUUCCCCUAUGCCCUACUAUUGCUCUGUGCUCCCCCCACUAUCUGAGCAAUGACUCCACAGUGGCAGAAGCUCCCUCUGCAGUGGCAUUUCUGGCUUGGUGGGGGAGCCAACCCCCCCUGUACCUCGAGGAGAGAAGCCACAUCCUGCUGGGGGCCCAGCACCCUGCAGCCAAGGAGGGGACCUUGUUACUGUGCCCCAAAUUCUGCACUAGCACAGCCUUGCAGCACCCAUUUCUCCCACCCCGCUCUCACCACAGGUGUCACAGUGCCAGCAGGAUGCUCUUGAGAGCAAUCACAGCCUGCUCAGUGCAA